CACAUAAGCGUUCAUGUUGUCUGAAUAACGCCGAAGAAGAAGAGGGAGGAGGGGGCAGUGAAGGAAAGUGAGGAGACGUCAGGUAGUUAGAGCAGUGAAAGGUUAAACACAGACAGACACAGCCGCAGCCGCAGCUCACAGGACAUACUGAACCAUGCUGAGAGCUUGUCUGAGAGGAGCGAACGCCACCGCCGGGAAGAACUUCAGGAGAACCCGUCUGACCAAUGUGCAUCACUGCCGGCACUACACUGGAGGAGAUCAAAGCAGUGGUGCUGCUAAAGUGUUAGUUGCUGGCUUGGCGACAGUAGGUGGAGGCAUUGGAGGUACGAUACUCUACGCCAAAUGGGACCACAAGUUCAGAGCAGCUGUGGAGAACAAUGUUCCGUACUCAGACCGGCUGUUAGGUCUGGCUUUGGGACCCCCCCAAGAUGUCAGCCUGCCCGUCAAGAAACAGGUGGAGGUGAUGCAGCCUCCUUCCAUGAUGGGGAAACAGGUGAAGGGGUCUAAAGCCAAGCCAGAGAAAAAGGUGACGGAGGCAGCAGAGAGUCCAGCCGAGACCAGUCCUGUCCCCCCUCAGCCUGCACAGAGCAUCGAGGAGGCUUCAGCAGAGGCCACGCACAUCAUCUCAGCCAUCAGUGAGGUCCCAACAGUCCCUGCUCCAUGUGACACAGAGGCAGCAGCAGUAAAAGAGGAGUGCAAAGACUGUCAUAAGGACACCUCAGUGAGCUCAGAAGUUCCCCCUGACACACAGUCACCUGCAGCAACAGAACCACUGAAAGAACGUCCAGUUGAAGAAGUGUCAGCUCGACUGGCUCAACAAGAACAGAAGGAACAGGAGAUCCUGACAUCUGUAUCAGCCAGUCUUGAAGACUCACUCGCCAGCUCGGCUAAAGCUACACUUCAGGCCAUUGGAGCUCAGGAGGCAGCCCUGCAGGCAAUCACACAUCACACACUCAAACUGAAGGAGGCUAUGGAAGCAGAGGUUCCAGCUCAGGAGAAGUCAGCCCAGUGGAAGGAUCUGGAAGCUGCUCUUGCUGAUAGAACUUGUGCUGUGAACGAUGCUGAAGCAGCUCUGUUGAAAGCCACUGAAGCCUUGGACAGUCUCAGGUCUGUGAUCGACGAGUCAAAAAGCUCAAAGGUCUCCUCUGUCCGCCCGCUGGUUUUAGCAGCAGAAGAGAAUCUCCAUAACAUGGUGGUGGACUUGGACAAAGUUGUCACUAAGGUGCAAUCUGCAGAGUCAGAAGCAAAGAUUGUCUCCCAGUACAGUGAACUGGUUAAUGAAGCCAAACAACAGUUCCAGAGGGAAGUGAGCAGCCUUACUCCAGAAAUCCAGGCCAACUGGAAGGGACUCACUGGUAAACUGUCAGCCGAUGACCUGAACGCCCUGAUCGCCCAUGCACACCGUCGCAUUGACCAGCUGAAUCGAGAGCUAGCUGAGCAGAGAGUCAGAGAGCAGAUCCACAUCGAUACAGCACUGGAGCAGCAGAAGCUGGAGGACCAGAGAGCCCAGGAGAAAGCUGUUAACACUGCACUGCAGCACAUCAAGGAGGAGGCCCGACUGGAGCAAGAGAGGAAGCUGUCUGAGUUAAGGGAGGUGAUGGAGGCAGAGAUGAGGACUCAGCUUCGGCGUCAGGCAGCUGCUCACACGGACCAUGUCCAAGAUGUCCUCAAAGUCCAGGAGCAGGAGCUGAGAGCUGAUGCUGAGCAGGUUCUGAGCAGUAAGAUGCUGGAACAGGAGACCCGAUACCGCCAGCUGAGCCAGGAACAGCUGGAUAACUUCACUCUGGAUAUGAACUCUGCCUACGCAAGACUGAAGGGGAUGGAGGAAGCCAUAGACAGCCAUGUGGUAGCAGAGGAGGAGGCCCGUAAAGCUCACCAGCUCUGGCUCUCUGUGGAGGCCCUCAACUACACUUUAAAGACUGCUGACGCUGACCAUCCCACCGUGCCUCUGGAGAGCGCUGCUCAGGCGGUGAGAGACAGCUGCCAUGACAAUGACUUUGCCUUGGCUCUGUCAUCGGCUCUCCCUGAAGAAUCCCUGCAGCGUGGCGUGUACAGCGAGGCCUCUCUCCGUGCCAGGUUCAAUUCCCUGCGAUCGCUGGCACGCCGGGUCGCCCUGAUCGAUGAAUCUCACAACUCUUUGUACCAAUAUUUCUUGUCCUACCUUCAAGCUGCCCUGCUGUUUGAGGCUAAACAGGAAGCCCCACCUUCCAAGCUGUCCAGUGAGGAUUUAGACCCUUUCAAGCUUCUGUCAUAUGCAAGCUACUGCUUAGAGCAUGGGGAUCUGGAGUUAGCAGCUAAACUAGUGAACCAGUUGAGAGGAGAGGCCAGGAGAGUGGUGGAGGACUGGCUGACUGAAGCCAGACUUACACUGGAAACCAGGCAGGUAGUGGGUUUGCUGUCAGCUUAUGCAAAUGCUGUGGGGUUAGGAACCACCCAGGCUCCAUAGACUCCCACUCUCAUUUAACCUGGUCAUCCUUAAAGGAAAAUCUUUAUCACGUAGUCACCACCUGCAGGCUUGAAUGGCAGCUCGGUAGGCGUUGUAGCUGACAUGUUUGUGGAAGGUAGCUUGGUUUUACAGCAGGGAGUGUAUACUCAGAUCCCCACCUCUCAGUGUAGUACUCAUUCAAGUUGACUGAAGUUAACCUAGUGAUGGAUGUUAAAAUGCAGCAUAAGUUUAUUUGUGUUAAAGCACUAAGUCACUGACCAUUAUUUGCAAAGAAACAUGGUUGAUGCACCCUCUCAGUCUAGACGUGUCAGUUCAGGGCCACACUUUUGGUUCAGGUAUUUAUUUCUGGCUAAUUUCCUUUUUUUCCUAAAUGAUCUGAAAAUGAAUCCUACCACUGAUUUAAUCAUUUGUCAUGCUGCAUGUUACAAUAAAUCAUGAACAAGAAAAGUCA